UGUGCGGACUGACAGGUGGAGAGCUGCCGUCUCUCGGCGGAUCGGAGGCAAUGCAGCGGGCUCAUCCACACUGGAGAUUCAUCCCCACCGUUUAACCAUGUCCACAUAACUUACAGUUGGACUGCACUUGUGGACGAGAGGCGAAGAGAACGCAGGGAAAAUAAAAACCAAACAAACAAAACGGGAAAUUCAGCCGACAGCUGGCCGGGAAAGCCGAACACACCGCCCGGCUUCCGGGGAUUGAGGGGCCGAGUCGGUUGACGGCAGACGUCGGUCGGUAGCGCGGUGGAGGAAAGACGGGCGAAUAUUCACAUCUUUCGCCGACAUCCACCUCUCCGUUCCAGCCACUUUCGACAUGUCCAGAAAGCUACAGAGGACAGAAGUCUGCGCCGACUGCAGUGCGCCAGACCCGGGCUGGACUAGUAUCAACCGUGGAGUCCUUAUCUGUGACGAAUGCUGUUCAGUCCACCGCAGCUUAGGCCGCCAUAUCUCCAUAGUCAAGCACCUGAGGCACAGUGGAUGGCCUCCCGCACUACUGCAGAUGGUUCAGACCUUGGCCAGUAACGGGGCCAACUCCAUAUGGGAACACAGCCUCCUCGACCCCGCUCAGGUGCAGAGCGGUCGACGGAAACCAAACCCUCAGGACAAGGUCCACCCCACUAAGUCAGAGUUCAUCAGAGCCAAAUACCAGAUGCUGGCAUUUGUGCACAAGCUGCCCUGCCGCGAUGACGAUGGCGUCACUACAAAGGAUCUCAGUAAGCAACUUCAUUCAAGUGUGCGAACAGGGAGUUUAGAGACGUGUCUUCGGCUCUUGUCCCUCGGUGCUCAGGCCAACUUCUUCCACCCGGAGAAAGGCACCACGCCGCUACAUGUGGCAGCCAAGGCGGGACAGAUCUUACAGGCCGAGCUGCUGGUCGUGUACGGCGCAGACCCUGGAGCGCCUGACAUCAAUGGACGCACGCCUAUGGAUUAUGCUCGGCAGGCGGGACAUAUAGAGCUGGCAGAACGCUUGGUAGAGUGUCAGUAUGAACUGACGGACCGGCUAGCGUUCUACUUGUGCGGCCGUCGUCCAGACCACAAGAAUGGACAUUAUAUCAUUCCUCAGAUGGCUGACAGAGCUCGUCCUAAGUGCCCGACACAGAGUCUGGACCUCUCAGAAUUAGCCAAGGCUGCCAAGAAGAAGCUCCAAGCGCUCAACAACCGGCUGUUCGAAGAAUUAGCCAUGGAUGUCUACGACGAGGUGGAUCGACGGGAGAACGAUGCAGUGUGGCUUACGACCCAGAACCACAGCACUCUGGUAACAGAACGCAGCGCCGUCCCUUUCCUACCGGUCAAUCCUGAAUACUCGGCCACGCGCAACCAGGGCCGUCAGAAGCUCGCCCGUUUCAAUGCCCGGGAGUUCGCCACGCUCAUCAUCGACAUCCUCAGUGACGCCAAAAGGAGACAGCAGGGAAAAGGUCUCAGCAGCCCGACAGAUGCUUUGGACCUGGGCAUCGACGACGACCAGCAUGACUACGACAGUGUAGCCUCUGACGAGGACACGGACAGUGAGCUGACCACCCAGAACAACAACAACACGCAGCGCAGCAACCGUGCAAAGAGCAUGGACUCGUCAGACCUGUCAGACGGCCCCAUCACCCUGCAGGAGUAUCUGGAGGUGAAGAAGGCUCUGGCCUCUUCAGAAGCCAAGGUGCAACAGCUGAUGAAAGUCAACAACAACCUGAGCGAGGAGCUCCGGCGGCUCCAGAAGGAGAUCACCCGGAUGCAGACAGAGAACAGUGCGCUACGGGGAGGCCAGCAGGCUGGGGGGGCAGCUGGCCAUGGGGUCGGGGGUCCUGGUGGAGGAGGAGGAGGAGGACACUGGCCAGAGGGUGGGAUGCGGGUGGGAAUUGGAGGAGGGGGUGGGUUUGGACCAGGAGCUGAUCCCCCGGGGCUCUCGGUGCCGUCCUCGGUCGCCCCCCACUCCCACCCCCACCGGAGGGAACGUCAGGCCUUCUCAAUGUACCUACCAGGGGCCGCCCCUGGCCCCACGGCCCACGGUCCCCCAGCCCUGGACUCCCUGGCAGCCCGCCUGCAGCCCCUCAACACACCCAGCGUAAGGAAGGGUGGUCCGGCGCCGUACGGAGGUCAGCAUCUGUCCGGAUCCACGGAGAUGGGCAGAUACAUGGUCCCUAAAGCAGAGAAGCACGGCAGUGGCACAGACAGUGACUAUGACAACACACAAACAUACGAGUUUUCACUAAGUAUGGGUCGCAGCAGUGAGGAGGAGGGCCGUGGAGAGUCUGAGGAGGGAGGCGGUGGGGAGCCGGGGGAGCCAGACCCCACCCUACCCUGCACAGAAGACGUCAUACUGAAGACCGAGCAGGUGACCAAGAACAUCCAGGAGCUUCUCAGGGCCGCUCAGGAGUUCAAGCAUGACAGCUUCGUUCCGUGUUCUGAGAAGAUUCAUUCGGCUGUUACUGAGAUGGCCUCACUCUUCCCGAAACGCCCAGCGUUGGACGCGGUGCACUGCUCCCUCCGCCUGCUGGCCUCCAGUGCCUCCCGGCUGCAGGUGGAGUGCCGCAAGGCGGCGCCCUCGGAGCCCGGGGCCCCCGCGGUGGACUACCAGCUCCUCACUCAGCAGGUCAUCCAGUGCGCCUACGACAUCGCCAAGGCCGCCAAGCAACUGGUCACCAUCACCACCCGUGAGAAGAAACAGUGACCCGGGAAGUGACGGAGGAGGAAGAGGAGGGCGAGAGGAAGGAUCAGUGCAUGGCUGGGUUUACAAGGGACGGGACGGAGCUCUGAGGGACGUGAGGACGCUACACCUGGGGGUCGGAGCGACUCUGUGGCCGCCAGGAAGACAAGACAAGUUUGGAAUAUGCAUGGGAGAGAAUCAGAAAGCAACAACACUUGAUUGUUUUGAUACAAACACUACAGAGAAAAGAGGCCGAGGCGAUGGAAGAGAACGCGGGGGAGGAGGAGUGGGAGGAUCCAACGUGGGAACUCCAGCCUGCAGCAGCUCGAAGUGCAGGGAUCAGAUGUGGAUAAUGAGGCGCUUUAACUCUGACAGGCGCUCAACAGAUACGACGGAGCUGUACAGUCAACCGGGUCCAGAGCCGUUCCUGCUACAUAUUUAUUUUCAGCCUUUCUGUUUUAAUUUAACCACAUAGAGAAGGGGGAGGGGGUCAUGAUGUAGAGUUUGCUUCAAGAGAAUUCAGACCAAGUGUGACGUCCCCUCCAUCGCUGUGUCUCGUUUGGAUCCUGAACCCCCCCUCCACCUCUCUGAGCAGGCUGCCCCCACCCCACCCCACCCCACCCACCCUCUCUGAUGCUUCCACCUGGGUCUACUUUUAUGAAGGGCCUCCAGCUUUUCCUCCAACUGGUUACCCCACCCUCACCCCCUCCACCCUCUUCUGUUAUCGGUGGUACACAGCAUGAUCUGGCAUGUUUUCUUUUCUUUCUUCCUCUCUCUUUUUUUCCUCCAUUUGAAUAUGCAGAUCAGCCUGAUUUGCACCUCCUGAGGACAAAAUAUCUUUUUUUUUUCUUUUUUUUUUUACUGACUUUAAAACAAACGAAACACUUACACUGGAAUAAUUGUGAUUUAUUAUUGUUUAUCAUGCCGAUUGUUUUGUUUUGUUUUUUUUGUAUUGAUAAUUUUACUGACUGUUGAUUUUAACUGUUGAUGUACGUUUAUUUCAUUGUCUCGAAUAUGAUUCUCAUAUAGCAGCAUAGGGAGGCAGGUGGGACUACGUGUCAACCUCUUACUGGGAUUCAAGUGCACACACACAUACACACACACACACACACACACUAAACAAACCUGUGAAGCGGUCCUCGACAUUUCUCAGCGCUUGGUUAAGGAGUUGUUUUUCAUGUUUUGAUUUGUCGCCAGGCCAAGGGGUUGAUCAGUGGAUCAGAAUCCUCUCUUCCUGCAUCCUCAGUUAUUUCUUCUUUUUUAAUGUUUGAUUUAUCGUACAGUUUGCCUCAUUUCUCAGAGCCAGUGGAGUCAUCUCAGAAUCCUGAUUUCUCUUGUGCCAAGCAGCAUAAUACAGACAUUUGUUCCCAGUGUGACUGUGAGGAGGAAUGAACUCCCCCAAGUCUUGCUCAGGAGUGAUACGUACUUCACGUGACUCGGGUGGUUUUGUAACUAUUAGCUGUCGACUGCAUGCGUGCUGACUGGCAGGUAUCGAGCCGAACCGAGGUGAUCUGUGGUAAACGCCAGGCCCGUCAACCUGGAACAUGGUCAGAUAUUCCCGCUUUUUUUUUUUUUCUUCUCCCCCCCCGCCUCGAGUGUGCUUGAAGUAUCACUUCCUCCUCUCAGGCUUGUCCGGCAAGCACAAUCAAACCAGUGUGCUUUUUUUUUCUUCUUCUUCUUCUUUUUCCUCUCCUUCGCGGCCUGCUGAUCUCGGGCCUCAGUGAGUUGCCACUUGUAGUUCUCUGUCUAGAACCUCUGCCAGCAUUAGACAGCUUCAGGAACAAAGGUAUUUUUGUCGCUCUGUUGAGAAGCUAGCGCAGUUAGCCUCCCGAACACCGAAGCCGUGCCGAACAAAACGCGGUCCCGUCUCCUCGCUCUGGAUGCAGACGGGACCUUAAUGCUUUCUAGUUUGAAUUGGCUUCUCCAGUAGUACUAAAUCUGGUUUUGCUUCUUGUGGCUUUAAUGGUUGACUCUGUAAUUGUAGUUGGAGGGUUUCUGCACACUACCGACGAAAGUUGAGAACAAACAGCAGUUGGAUGUCAGUCUUUUGCCUUCUUUCGCUGCCUUUUUUUUUUUUUUUUUUUUUGCAAGAAGCACAACAGUUCACUAUGUGCUGAUGAAAGGCGACCUUUGACACUUUCUCCAUGUUUUUGCCCCGAUCGCGACGUGAGAUCUCCGGCUUCUUCUCAGUUUUUUUUUUUUUUUUUAAUACACGUAGCUGCACACGUCGCCGUUGGGGCGGGGGACAAAAGUUGGGAUUGUGCGUCCAGUUGUGUCUGGAAGACUCUAGAAAUGUAUCAUGGUUUGAUAUUGAAUGCCUUUGCACAUCGUCAUCGUCAUCUCCUGUUUGACUGCUGAAAUACUUCAACACACACACACACACACACACACACACACACACACACACACACACACACACACACACACACACAAUGUACGCGGGGGCCAGUAGAAAAGCUCGUCCCUUCAAUCAUGGUAGCCCAACUUUUUAGUAUAGAGCCAUAUAUUAUAUAUAUGAUCAUAUAUUUUCAUGCUAUGUUUAAGCUAUAUGUUAGGGUUAUGUUUGCGAGAUAUUUAUGUCAAUUUGUUGGCCUAACUGGGCUUCAGGCUACAAGAUCCGCUCGCCAAAUCUUCAUUCAGCUCUCAAGUCUUGACACCUGAUGUACUUGUUGGAAGUUUUCAAGUGUUGUAUGGUUACGCUGUGGUGUUCCCUUCCUAUGUGGGCGGUCAUAACGUCCACGGUAACGAUCCACGGGACGCAGGGACCCCGGAACGACCCGUCAGUCCAGGUGAUUACUCAGCAGCGUGGUCUCAGUUGCACUAUUUCCAAACACCAGCUGGGUGAAGUAGGAUCUGCGUCGUGUACUGCACUCUCCCCAAAGGCCUCACUUCAAGUACAUUAGGUGCAGGAUGCAGGAUUUGAUUUGGGAUUGUGGGUGGGGGAAAACUGGGAGAACAGUCUGAAGCACACUUUAGCUCAACACUACAGUCAUCUCAAAGCGGCAGGAGGGGGGGGUCUCAAACGCACACGGCCCCGGCCCUCCUUCCCCGAGUUAGCAGACACUACGUAGGGUGCCUCUAGCGUGAAUGUUUUAUGCUUCUGUCGGUUUUCUCCUCAAUCUCGAAAGACUUUCUACUCGAAAUAUGUCUGGGAUUUAGCACAUCAGACACAC